GUAAAUGUACUUAGUUACUUUCCACCACUGCAACAGACUGACAGAAAAGCAAGCUGUCUUUCUAAAGUAGAUACUGUAACACAGACUGCAAAAGCAGUCGGGGGUCUUUUAAAGCAUGUUUGCAAUGUGGAAAACUGGAGCAGCAAAUGGGGGUGUGGUAGCUCUGCUCAGCUGCAGCUGUUUUUGCUGUCUGUCUGUGUGUGUUUGUGUGUGUGUUUGUGUGUGGGUAUGACUCAAGUCACUUUCAAGGACACACACCAGACUUAAGACCAUUGACUGGGGACAAAAUCUGUGUACCCAAGUGGUGAAACGCAGAUUUUUUGGUUAGUGGUUAAGGUUAGGGUACGCAUUAGAUUUAGGCAAGCAGUGGUUAUGGCUAGGCUUAGGGUAAGUCUCCAGGAAAUGAAUGUAAGUCUAUGUGUGUACAUGUGUGGGUGUGUUUGUGCACUUGUGUGCGUUUGUGUUUGUGUGUAUGUGUCAGUGUCAGCUGACACAGGGCUGUGGUCAGAGUCUGUGAUGAGUCUAGUCAGCAGAGGAAGGCAGUGCCUGAUUGGACAGUGGUUUAAUGACUUAAUGAGAUAAAGCCUGUAAACAAAGCAUGGCUCCAGGUCUCUACAAGCUGUCACUGAACAUUUAUUCACCUAAAGUUUAAUUUCAUUACAGCUGCAGAAGCUCUGCUGCUCAGUCUGCUGUCUGUUUUCUCCAGAUUUUCCUAAACAUAAACAUUAAAAUACUAAAUGACAGUAAUGUAGAUUGGUGGAUACAACAUCUGGUAAUCAAAAAUAUGUACGUUCAGUAUGCUGCAGAGGAAAUUCAUCUUAGCUUGUUGAGGAGCAUAAAGACAUGAUAUUAUUUUAACAGACUAAGCAAAAAAGGCACAGCAGCCUCUGGCGGUGAAAAUAGAUCCUGUGAACAUGAUGCCAUCUGGUGGCAGAAGCUGCAUUACAAUAUGUGUUGUACGGCUUAACUAUGCUAUUAACACCAUUAUGUAAUAUGUUUAUCCUCUGUAAAUGUUAUAGUGAAUCACUGUUGUACCUGAAAAUAAUUAUAUGUAUAAUCAAAUAAAUAUAUUGAUAUCUCUCUUCAAAUUAAAGUUUUGAUAUUAUUCAUCCAUUAAGUAAAGAAAUGAGGUAUAUAAUAAACUUGUCUUUCCCAUUUCCAGUUAUAUAUAAUCAUGUUCUCCUCCUUUCAUUUGUAUUUAACUUUUAAAAAUAUUUUAUUAUAAAAUAUUGACAUUGUUGUUUUUGACUUCACCCCUAAUUCAGUCAAAAUGUACCUCACAGGAAACAAUACAUGUAUUUUAAGCUUCAGUUCCAAUUAUACAUGUUAACUCAGGUAAAAUUAUACCUGUAAACUCAGCCAGCUUGUAGCGUGACACCUCAUGACCAUCAUUCAUUAUCUGCCUGUGUGACUACAAUUGUGCAGCCUAAAUCUGUCACAAACACUCUGCACGCAGCUACUUUCAGACAAAAGAAGGAGAUCACAGCACGUCACAGAUCACACCAUGAGAUACAUUUAGUUCUCUUGGACGGAUAUAUGCACCUUCAUUUGUUCUAGGAAAAGAAGAACCACGCCAUCCAAUGGGGUGAAUGAUUGGCUCAGCGGUCUCUGGGAUUGGUUGAAAUACCAAACCACAUUUCCCAGGCCGCACCUCCCACAUGGGGUGACCAAAGGCUUAGUGUGAGCCUGAUUAAGUUUUGUAGCCGGUGGGUACAAGAUGUUAGUAGAGACGUGCACCCAAACAAAUGCAUGGACAUAGACUUACUUCUGUACCAGUUCCAGAGAAAAUGGUGGCCACUGUGCUCACCUUGCUCACCUCACGCAACAAUGUUCAACCUGAUGAGCAACUGCUGCACCUGGGUCUCCAAAAUACAGGAGCCAAUCAGGAAAGUGACCAUUCUUGUGGUCGGUCUUGACAAAGCAGGAAAAACAUCCUCUAUCCGAGGGAUGUUAAGAGGUAACUCAACUUUCAAACUGAAUUAUUUUUUAAUAGUGCUUAAUGUAGAAAUACAGCAAAUAACCCACCUGUGUCUUGCCUCUCCAGUCCCCUACAGUGUGGAAUCAGGACCCACCCAAGACUGUGUCAGAAAUGAGCUGCGAGUGGAGAAUUACCUGGUCACCCUGUUGGAUGUCGGAGGAUCGGCAGGGUCGCGGGAGGCCUGGAAGGAGCUUUGUGGAGAGGCCCAUGGGAUCAUCUUUGUGGUGGACUCCAGUGACAGGCAUAGGAUGAAGGAGGUCAAGGAGGUUCUGGCUGACUUGCUGAAGCAACCAAGGGUGGCAGGAAAACCCAUACUGGUGUUGGCUAACAAACAGGACAAAAUGAACGCUUUGCUGGGAAGUGAGCUGAUUGAGAUGCUGUCUUUGGAGAGGCUGGUCAACCAGAGCCGCUCUCUGUGCCAUAUUGAGCCUUGUUCAGCCUUAAUGGACCUGCGGCGCUGGUCAGACAGGAAGACUCUACGAGGCCUUCGCUGGUUGCUGCGUGCUGUUUACCUGGAUUAUCCGGAGCUGUGUACUCGUGUAGCCCAGGACAGCAAGAGGCCUCUGGAAGCAAGAGAGAAGGAGAAGAACAGGAAAGCAGAGAAAGUUCGCAAAAAAACCAAGAGCGAGAGGAUGCGAUCCAGCAAGUCAGAUCUUCGCCAGGUUCAUCGGCCGAAGGACAAGGAGAAAAAGACCAAGGGGGAGGGAAAGCUGCAGCCCAUUCGAAACAUGCUGCAAAAGGAGACAACGCUGAAAAAGAAGCUGAGGACAAAGAAGAAGAAGAAGCCUGUUAAGGUCAAAGAGGGUGAAACAAAUCAGGAGGAAGUAAAUGAUCAGGAGGAGGAGGAGGGCGACGGAAAUGAAGCAGAGCAUGAGCCCUCAGGUCACAGAGAGAAAGCCAGCAGUGCCCUGAUCCCCCCGAAAAAAGGCAAACUGAAACGCAAAACGAAGGUGAAAGAGGAGACUCUGGAUGUACCAGAAUCACUGGACAACGAUGACAAGCCACUCAAAGCUAAAGGGGACAAGAAGAAAAAGAAGAAGGUCGUGAAAGUAAAAAGGAAGAACAAGAUCAACACAGAGGGGGUGCCUGCAGCGUACUCUCAGCCUGUGGACCUGUCUGCAACCUUUGAUCUUUAUCGAAAAGCAAUACUGGCUCUGAAGGAACGUCAGGAUCAGGGACAGUGAGAGUGAAUCCCGGUUGCGUCCUGCGGUCUGAGUGUGAGGAUGUGGUCCGCAGCAGUAGUAUACGCUCACACUACAUCCCUUCACAAACUCUCACACCCUUUCUUUGACACUCAGCGGGGGAAAGACGGAGACACAGAUUCUGACUGAUAUUAUUUAUCACUUUCUAUACACUCUACCACCUCAGGCCUGAUCCCUGAACCUUUGGAGUGAAACUGGAAAUUCCAAUGCGUAGUGAAGGGCAGGCAAAUAUUGAUGUAAUAAUAUAGAAAUAACAUAAAUAAUAUACAAUUUUAAAAAGAUAAGUUAUAGAUAAACGUGUGCACUUGGCCAAAACAUUAAAGAAGAUUUUGUUUGUAUAAUCUAUGCAGAUUUGCUUGUAAAGGAAACACGAUUUUUGAACUGUAUCUGUUUUUUUUAAUGACUAUUUGACCAUUUUUCAGCAAUGAACAAUACUGUAAGCAGGGCAUUGUUGAAGUGAUUAACAGAUCCAUCAAACUGUAUAAUAAACAUUGUUUUUGUCACAACUUGUAUGUAAUUUCUUUUUACUUUACAGCAGCAGAGACGAAAUUCAUACCUAAUGUUAUAAUUGCAAGCAGGCUAUUAACAGGCUGUGCUACAAGACUUUGGAUUGCUUAGAUUUAAAAAUCCACAUAGAAAAUGAACAAGAGCUCAAUUAUAUUGUUCUAUCGAUUUUAUCAAACCUGAGCCCCAAAAUGCUUAAGACAUUCCUCCUCCAGUCAUCCUCACCAUCCUCUACUAUCCACAAUAUAAUUCCUAUAUAUAAUCAAGCAACUCUGUAUUUACCAGAUGGCAUAACAAGUUUGGGUCUUAGAGUGCCAGCUUCUGAUUUUGGCAGUUCAGUUUGAUUAAAAUUGGUUGUGUUGACAAUAUUAAGUGUCCUAGAUUUGAGCAAUCACAAAAACAAAUGUCAAAAUUGUGUCACUAAAAUGUAAGUAAUACAAUAACUUAUAGUUUUACAUGAUAUCUGCAAUGCUUCUGAAAUGUAUCACUGGGAAACUACAGAUUUUUGUUCACCUAGGUUUGAACACCAUCCUCUUGUUUGUAUUAAGGACACACUUUGUUGCUUUUUACAACAACAAACGUGAUGGGAUAUGGGCCAGGGAGCCAUCAGGGGCAUGUGGAUAACUUUCUAAGCUAAGAGAGGGAAGGAAGCUAAGAGUGGACUAAAAUGCCUCUUUGCAAAUACUAAACAGAGCUAGCUUAAUGAGGGAAAAUUGUUUAGCCAUUUUUAGUGUUUUAGCAGUGCUUUAACAUGACAAACACCAUCUUGGUUGGGUCCAUCGAAAGUCCACGUCAGGCUACAUUGAUAUUCAUAAAUAUCUUAGAUUGUCAUUUCACUGCAGCCUAAUCUCUUUUUGAA